GCCUGGGUGCCGAGCAGAGGCCUCCCCUCUCCCGGAAGCCGCAAUGCCCAGGGGCUACGAGUGCAGACGUCACGGGAACCCGCCAGGCCAGCUCCCAACACGUGCCCUUCUCCGCAGUCAGGGGCCGAGGGCCCGGGGCCGCUCUCCCCGGCCCGGCAGCCGCGCAGCCCGGGCGACGCAGCCCCAAGACCGCGCGCCGCCGCUGGGCGCCCGGCGUCCCGAGGCCCAGUGGGGGUCGCCCAGGAGACGCCCACGUGCCCCGCAGCCCCGCCCGGGCCACCGCGCGCGGGGACCGCCGCUCCCAGGAGGCCGCGCGGCGGCGGGGCGGGCGCGUCUGCCGGCCGGAGGGGGAAGAUGGCGUCGCGGAAGGCCGGGCGCGGCCCCGGCGGGCUCCCCGCGGCGGCCCCGGCGCGGCUGCCGCUGCUGCUGCUGCCGCUCCUGCUCGGGCCCUGGCCGGCCGCGGGCCACGGCGGCAAGUACUCGCGGGAGAAGAACGCGCCCGCGCCGCCCCCGGGGCGCCAGCCCGGCGGGGAGUUCCGCAUGGAGAAGCUCAGCCAGCUGUGGGAGAAGGCCCGGCGGCUGCGUCUUCCUCCUGUGAAGCUGUCUGAGCUCCAUGCUGACCUGAAGAUACAAGAAAGGGAUGAGCUCAACUGGAAGAAAUCGAAGGCCGAAGGCUUAGAUGCAGAUGGCGAGAAAGAGGCAAAGCUUACACGCAACCUCAACGUCAUCCUGGCCAAGUACGGGCUGGACGGGAGAAAGGACACCCAGGCCACAAGCAACUCCCUCAACGGUGGUGCCCAGGACGACAGCCUGGGGGACCCCCGGCUGGAGAAGCUGUGGCACAAGGCGAAGACCUCCGGGAAGUUCUCUGGCGAGGAGCUGGACAAGCUGUGGCGGGAGUUCCAGCACCACCGGGAGAAGGUCCUCGAGUACAACAUCCUGCUGGAGACCGCGAGCAGGACCGAAGAAAUUCAGGAAAACGUCAUCAGUCCCUCGGAUGUGAGCCACAUCAAGGGGGAUGUGCUGCACAGCAGGCACGCGGAGCUGAAGGACAGGCUCCGGGGCAUCAACCAGGGCUUCGACCGCCUGAGGAAGGUCAGCCACCAGGGCUACGGCUCCGCUGCUGAGUUUGAGGAACCGCGAGUGAUUGAUCUGUGGGACCUGGCCAGGUCAGCCAACUUCACUGAGAAGGAACUGGAGUCCUUCCGGGAGGAGCUGAAGCACUUUGAAUCCAAAAUUGAAAAGCAUAACCACUACCAGAAGCAGCUGGAAAUUUCUCAUCAAAAACUGAAACAUGUGGAGAGCUUAGGUGACGCUGAGCACGUCAGCCGCAACAAAGAGAAAUACGCUUUGCUGGAGGAGAAGACCAAGGAGCUCGGCUACAAGGUCAAGAAGCAUUUACAGGACCUGUCCAGCCGCAUCUCGAGAGCUCGCCACAAUGAGCUCUGAGAGCCCCGGGAGCCGGCCAGUGGGAGGAAGGGAGCGCCAGGGUCAGGGUCUCCCGAACACAGCCAGCGUGCGUGCGCGGUGGGGACGUGCCACGCGGCCCUUGGCGGGGAAGGACCGGUUCACGUGCUGCCGUGCGCCCCGCACGGGGUCUGCGCAGCCACACCCCAGCUGCCCCGAUGGGCAUGGCCCCUUCCGUCAAGCAGGGCUGGUGGCAGCCCCAGGGGCACGGCUGAUUUCCAGCUGCCAGUGAGUGGUGGUCCUCGGUGCUGGGUGUCAGUCCAUGUUGGAACCUCACAGAUCUGCCACUGGAGGUGCCGCGUGCACAGAGUCCCUCACAAUACACUGGCAUUUAAGUCGC